UGGUCAUGACAGGUUACGUAAAAACAAAAUGGGUUACCUGAAUUUGGUUUUGCGUAACUCAUAAAAUUGGUUUGUACAAAAUUUUAAUUCUCAGAAGCCUGUGAUAACCAGUCGUGAUGCACUUCAAGUACAAUUCAUCUUUGCCAUACCACACUACAGUUAGCAUUAUAGCUAUGCCACGGCCCAAGGCAAAUAAGAAAGUGUUGGGAAAAGCUCUAGCUGCUGCCAAAAAUAUUCACUAUGGAAGAACAACUCCCACAAAAGCAAGAAAAAAGAAUGUAAAAACCAGUCAGCUUGUGGAGGACUCCACAAGCAAUGAAAAAGAUGUUGGGAAUAGAAUACUGAACAGUCCUACUAAGCGGCUGUUUAAUGGUUUGAAACGUGAAUUGAUGCCACUGGCCAAUCAAAAGAAUGCUGUGGCUAUGAAGGGCUACAUGAGAGGCCAGUUUGAAUUUCUCGGAAUCCAGGCACCAGGCCGACGUGCUGCAGCCAAACAAUUCAUUUCAGAGUGCAAGAAACUAGAUUCUGUUCAGAUUAAAAUGUUAGUGGACCUGAUGUGGGAACAGCCCGAGAGGGAAUUUCAACAAACAGCGCUAGAUCUGUGUGCCAAGAGUCUGCCUGUACUGUGUGGAAAAACAGAUGAAGACUGUCUCGAGUCCCUGAUGUGGACGAAAACCAUCAUCACUACAAAGAGUUGGUGGGACACAGUAGACUUGUUAGCUAGUAAAGUUGUUGGUGGAUUAGUAUCUCACAGUCCAACUAAACUAAACCCGGUAAUGGAUGCCUGGAUCCAGGAUGAGAACAUGUGGCUUAGGAGAACGGCCAUUCUUCAUCAGCUGGGCUACAAGAACAAAACCGAUCAGGACAGGCUUUUCAGAUACUGCUCGACUUGUGCUGAUGAGAAGGAAUUUUUCAUAAGGAAAGCUAUCGGAUGGGCUCUACGAAAUUAUCAUUAUAUCAACAAGGAUGCAGUCAGAACAUUUGUUGCCAAGAACAGAUCAAAGUUAUCUGACCUUUCCAUAAAAGAGGCUUUGAAACAUGACUGAAUGUUGACAUUACUAACAUUUGUAGAAAUUAGUCUCAAAUUCAUCAUAGUGUGCUACUUUAACUUGGAGAUUAAUGCUUAAUAUAUCAGGAACACUUUUCCCACCAUGGGUAGAGAUAUUUUCAAUAUUUGUGCAUUCUAUUUAUUUUUGGUCUCUAUAAAUCCAACCGGAGGGGACUAUAGGUUUCAUCUCCGUCCUUCUCUGUCUGUCUGUUCGUCCCACAGUUUUCCGGAUGUGUUUUUCACAAUGCCUUGAGAUACUGAGCUGAAAUUUUGUGUAUAGCUUUAUCAUGUACUGUUACAGAUCAAGUUUGACUUUCAUGAGUUACCCUUGAAUUUAGGAUAUAAGAUAGUGUUUUCCGUAGCUUGUUUCUGCAUGGUGCAGUACCAUGCCUCAAUAGUCUUGUGCCAUCUUGCCUUAACCAGCACCAUGUUGCCCUUAGAUUAAACAAGCCUUUUUCAGUAAUUAAUUCUAAAAUUGCCUUUAUAAAACACCAAAAAAGGUAUUAUUAAUUUUUUUAAAUAUGCCUUUUAUAUCUUUUGCCAUUCAUUUAUUAAAGCAAACACAUAAAUUACAUUAAUGUUUAUUUCAAUUAAUUUUUGUCUAUUUUUAAUGAAAUACAAGUACCCCGAAAAUGGUCAAAAUGCCCCAAUAGUGUUUGGUCUACCAUGCCUUGCCAAAUUUCUAGGGAAAUAACUAGAAGAAAACAAAAUUUCAUUCAUUCUAUUCAGUGUAAUCUUUGAAUCAGCUUUGAAUAGAAUACAAUUGGUUACUAGUACUUGGCAGACAUGUAAUCUGUUACUAAGUAACGCACACAAAUUCGAUACCAUAAAGUUUGACUUGCUCAAAUGUCCAACAUUAAAACUAUAAAGGAUAACACUACCUGUGCAUAACUAUGCCUUUGCUUUUACUAUUACAUACUGUCAUCUGUGAGUAAAG